AUGAACACUAAGCAUGAAUCUUGGCAUUUUCAGGGAUUAAUUUUAUUCACAUCAUCCAAUCUAUACAUAUUAACAAGUCUAAUUCUGGUAUCUACAGUUAUCAUCAUGUUUUGUAUAAAGUUUAAAUUUAAAUUACCGCCUAAAAAAUUGAACACAUUGAAACAAAGAAAUAAAAUGGAUGACAAAGAAUUGGACAAUGGAAUUAUUCACUUAAAAAGAAACUCAGGGCAGACAUGUGUAAAUACAAAAACUGAAUCAUGGAAUCAAACGCCGGAUAAAUCUUCACCCAAUUCACCUUUACCUAAUCUUCCGCAAUCGUCAGUAGCGAAUUCACCUCAAAUACCAACGACUUCUUCACCAGUUUUGCCUCUUCCUUCAUUACCAAUAAAUCAAUAUCCUUCUCAGGAACAUUAUCAGCAGCAGCAUUAUUGUCACCCUGCUAAUCAUCCUUAUUCCCAUUCAUCUUAUGAGACAAUAGUCAAUGGAAAUAUUUCAUCCAGACGAACUCAGGGAAAACAAAAAUUACCGCCUUAUCAGACACACCCAAUGCCUUUUACUAAUUGGCUCAUCAAAAUUACACAAAAACUUUUACAUUGGAAAAAUGAUUUUGUCAACAGAACACCAUUCAAUGUUUCAACACAGUUCAAUUGUCAAUGUAAACCAAUGAAUGAUAAUAAAUGCAUAUCACAUGACAACAAUUCAACACCUAUGCAAAGAAAGAUGAAUAAUAAUAAUGUUGUGGAUAAAGGACAAUUGAAUGAAGACAGAAUUCUUUUUGAUAGCCUACAGAUUAAACGAAAAGCCAAUAGUAUGAAAGAAGAGACUGGCAGGAAACAAACUGCUUCCCCAUUUUGGAUGAAUAAUACUAAUCAUCAUAUUGUACAGUCAUAUUCUACGAUAAUAAUUCCGUCUUCCCAUCCAACUACAAAUUGUCGGCCUUCUCCCUAUCGUCAGCUUGAUUCCUCACAAAGUGAUGAUUUGCUUGAUCCAAUCUAUUCAGUUAUUCAAUAUCCUUUGAAUACUGGGGCACUUCAGUCCACCCAGUCAUUAUCCCCAUCAUCAGGGUGUGAUUAUUCUGAAGGAUCAAUGAAUCAACGACAAUUCAUAGAACCUCAUCGUCUUCUAUUGGCGAAAGAUAUAUGGACAAGUCAGGAUUCUGUUGUCUCAAAUGAUCAUGUCUACUGUGAGCUCAUAAAACUGCAAACAGACAAGAAUAGCAUUAAUCAUCAAAGUGACAAAAUUAUGCAUAAAAGACACAACUCUACACAUCAUUCUACUUGUAGUUUACGUUCAUCAAGCGAAUAUAACAAGUAUCACAUUUCAGAUGGUUAUUCUGAUCUUUGCUCAAGUCAAUCGACUGGAAUGAAGCCUACCAGACAACCGCCAAGAUUACCAACUCGAAAUUAUGGUGAAAGUACUUUAAAUAUGGUAGCAAAUGUACGUUUAUGGACGUUGCAAAGUAAACAGCGGUGUCUUCGAAACAUUAAACGCAUAAGUAAACUGCACAAACAUGUUCAAUCGAUGCUGGAUAUGACUUGGCGGUUAGAUGAAAUAAAGAACUAUCAAGAAUUUCGAUUUCAUAAAAUAAACAACAGUGUAAAUAACAGUAAUACUUCAAGGAAAUCUUCACUUAGAAUUCCCUACAGAUGCCGUAAACAUUUUUAUGCGAAACAACCCUACCAUGAACAACAUUUGAUAUCCUAUCAAGGAAUUUUACAAAAUUGUCGACUACAAAGACAAGAUCAGUCCGCUCUGAAUCGGAUGCGUUCCUCUGGUAAUCGUGGCUCCUUAAGUCGAGGUGAAAAGUACCAUGUGAAACAAAUGACUUCAGGGUGUUAUUCAAAUGAAGCAUUCUAUUCAGAAUUGGAUGUGCAAUCCUCCUCAGGGAAAUCUUCAACUGUUAACGAUCUAUUCAGUAAUUUAAGACAUAUUGAUAGUGAAGUUGACAUCACUGAACAAUCUCCGUGCAGAACAAAGCCAACAGGAACUAUUCAAUCACCAUCAAGACAAAUUUACAAUUCCUACUUAAUGAAUCAUUCUUGUACACCAUUACAUCAUAUCUACAUCCCAAAUAGUUACAACAAACCCGUUGAAUUCCAUAUGGAAAGGCGAUAUGACAACCAUUAUGAGAAGUCGAUGUCUCCUUAUCAUAAGUCAACUGAUAAAACAUGUACAGAUCUCAGUGCAAAUUAUAACACAUUCUCCUUAGUGGCCAGUGUACCGUUUCCUGGAACAACUGUCUAUUCAUCUUUAGGCAUGCCUCCAUUAAUGGAACGUUCUAUGGAGGAUGAUGAAUGUCAGUUGUUUAGAUAA